AGAUGUCGCUAGUAAACGUAGUUAUUUGAGGCGCGGCGCAGUGUGCUUUGCAUCACUGAACGAGAAACUCUUUCGAAAAAUAUCAUGCGAUAUAUCCAGUGGGAUUUUAUGCACUCAUGUCACGCAUUCACAAAUUUAAAUAAUCUCAACCACAGACCAGGCUAAACUAUUGAUGCAGCUGUCCGCUGGCUAAUAGGCAUUCUUGUGUACGUACCUCUGUAAGUUUGUUCGUUAGAUAGGCCCAACACUAAAUUAAGGCAUAAGUAGUUAAAGAGACAUCAGUUAUAGUACUUCUACAUGGACGCAUUCGUUCGUGAUACGUGGGUGUGUUAAUACGUAAAAUAUAUACAUUUUUUUUUAUUAAUCAUUAUAAAUAUUUUAUAAUCAAUUAUUAUAAUGAUCUGGACUUUUAUACUGAGUGACAAUAUAUAGCAUUUAUUUCGAGGACAACGACGAAGAUUUAACAUCCAAUAUUAUAAUUGUGGUCAUCUCUUGAUUCAGGCAAUACAGGAAAAGGCAUUAAUUGUUUAUCAAUUUGCUGCUGUUUAAAUAAAGAAAUAAAAGGGACAAAUGGAAUCUGCUGUAACUGGACGAAGGCGUACUGCCACACGGCAUUCUGCUGAGGAUCAAGCACUUGAUCAAAUAGCUAAAGAGGCAGAAGCACGACUAGCUGCAAGGAGACAAGCAAGAGCUGAAGCUAGAGAAAUCCGAAUGCGUGAAUUGGAAAGACAACAGAAAGAAGCGGAAGAAAAUGCUGAUAGAGUUUAUGACAUGUGUUCAGAUCCUAAUAGAGCCAUGAGAGUAACUCCGGAUCCUGUAAGGACAUCACGCUUGCUUACAAAUUCUAAUAAUUUUCAAUCCAGCUGUAAAUCAUCAGAAGAUUCAUUAGAAGAUGUGGGACUUGGUAGAGAUCUUAGGUUAGAGCUGAAGGAAUUUGAAGAGAAAUUUAGAAAAGCAAUGAUAGCUAAUGCCCAAUUAGACAAUGAAAAAUCUUCUUUUGCCUAUCAAGUUGAUAUAUUAAAAGAUAAAUUGGAAGAAUUAGAAGAAAUGGCAGCCCAAUUACGUAGAGAACUACGAGAGAAGAAUCGAGACGCUGAGCAAUUAAAACGACUUGGUCAAAGAUUAAAAGAUGAUUUAGAUUUAUGCAGAACACAAUUGUUAGAAAGGGAUACAUUAAUUCAGGAAAAUGGAUUAGUGAUAGUUGAAGAUGAAGGAACCGAUGAAGAAAAUGAUGUUGAAAGUGGACCCUGCCAUAGAAGAAGAGUAUUAGUUAGUAAAGAGUCUGCAGAUUUAUUACAGAAUGCUGGAAAAGGAUCCUUGGACGUUCGACUGAGAAAGUUUGCUUCGGAGAAAAAAGAAUUAGAAGAUCAAAUACGACAUUUAAGAUUGGAAUUAGAAGAAACCAAGAAUCGCAUAAGAUCUGAGAGAUCCCCGGGUGCAGUAUUAGGUGGCUUAACGUAUUCUGAAGAUAUUCAACGAGAGGCUAAUAAGCUUUUAAUCGAUUACAAAUUCAAGCAGCAGAAAACGGAACAGGAUAUGUCUACGUUACAAGCCACGGUGGCUAGAUUAGAAAGUCAAGUAAUACGUUAUAAGUCUGCGGCAGAAGCAUCUGAGAAAGCGGAAGAUGAACUCAAAAUUGAAAAGAGAAAAUUGCAAAGAGAAGUUAGAGAGUUUCAAGGACGCGUUGAAGAGCUCGAAACAGCAAACUCGCAUUUACAAAGGCGAUUAGAUAAACUUAAAAAUGCUAAAUCCGCUCUUUUUAAAGAUCUUUGAUGAAAUUAUUUUUGUUUUGUUUUGUUUUCUUUUUUUUUUCUUUUCUUUUCUUUUCUUUUUUUUUGUUGGGAUCCGUCAAAUCUACUCGAUUUUUUUUUUCUUUUAUGCUAUCUAUAGACGAAAAGCAUUUAUUUAAUAAUUUUUAAAAUAACAAUAUCGCAAAAUAUAUCAAAGUUAUUUGACAAUUUGAUAAUAACAUUUAACAGAGAGUAUGUGUACUGUUAUCAGAUCUUUUAUAAUUUAAAGAGCUUUUAUCAUUUAGAGAAUGAUACGUAUAAAAAUAUUUAUACUAAUGAAUUUGUACGCAAAGUCAUUCUUUGUUUUUAUCUGGUCUUUUGGUAAUAAGCAGUUUAAUGGCAAUUUAACAACGAGAAAAUGCUUGUUUAGUAAUAAUAUUUUAGGCAUUUAUAAUACUAUAUUAAUUUAUAAAUAGUUGUGUAAAGACAAUUUGUGCAUGUACAUAACAUUGUUAUGUUAUAACAGCCUAUCGGUUUUUACAUAGUUCUCUCUAUCCAUUGACAUCAAUAUUAAAAACGAAUUGUGUGUUACAUUUUGAAUUAUUAAAUGAUGUCAAUGUGUGACAUUAUAAAUAUAUAUAAAACAAUAAUUCAUAUGAAUUUAUUUAAAUUGUAUAAAUUUAUAUA